AUGUCGUCGUUGUCGUCUUCUUCUUCUUCCUCCUCUCCCGAAGCAAAAUGGCCGUUCGACGUUUUCAUUAACUUCAGAGGCGAGGACGUCCGCUACGGCUUCGUCGCUGACCUCCACAGGUGUCUGCUUCAUGGCGGCAUCAACGCCUACGUCGACAGCGAGGACUUGAGGCGCGGGGACGAGAUCUCGCCCGCCCUCAUGAAGGCCAUCAAGGAGUCGCGGAUCGCCGUGCUCGUCUUCUCCGAGGACUACGCUUCGUCUAGGUGGUGCUUGGACGAGCUGGUCAAGGUAAUGCAGUGUAAGAGGCUCAAGGGACUGCGGGUGCUGCCCGUGUUCUACAAAGUCGAGCCCGGGGUGAUUCGAUCGCAGAGAGGGCGUUAUGGCGAUACAUUGGCCAGGCACGAGGAGAACUUGAGGCAGGAUCCUGAGAGGGUGCAUAAUUGGAGGAAAGCCCUAAUUGAAGCUGCCAAUUUGUCCGGUUGGCAUUAUGCCGAUGAACAAUCACAAGAUGAUACCAAGUUCAUCGAGAGCAUCGUCAAAGAGAUCUCGGCUAUAGUAGGGCGUGUACCCUUGAGUGUUGCCAAGUAUCCCGUUGGUGUAGGUUGCCGGGUAGAAAAAGUAAUGUCGUUGUUGAGUAUGGGCUCGGAUGAUGUUCGGAUGAUAGGAAUAUGGGGAACUAGAGGUGUAGGGAAGACCACUAUUGCUAAAGCUGUUUAUAACAGUACUACUGAUCUGUUUGAUGGGUGCAGCUUUCUUGCAAAUGUUAGAGAAACUUCCAGUAGACCUGACGGCCUAGUUCAUUUGCAGAAAACGCUGCUAUCCCAUAUAUUUUGGAAAGAACAUUUAGUGGUCUUAAGUGAGGAUGGAGUCACCAAUCUGAUACGAGAUAAACUUCGCUGCAUGAAGAUUUUGCUUGUGCUUGAUGAUGUGGAUGAUGGGGAACAGUUAAAUGCAUUAGCUGGAGAAUGUGAAUGUUUUGGAAAAGGGAGCAGGAUCAUCGUUACGACAAGAGAUAAACAUGUACUAACUUCUCACGGGAUAGAUCAAGUAUAUGAAGUUGAACCAUUAGAUCAAGUUGAAGCUUUUGAACUUCUGCGUUUAACCGCUUUUCCAGGAAACCAAACCAAAGACGUAGACAGGGAUCUCAUAUAUGAUAUUUUGGGCUAUGCUAAUGGCCUUCCCUUAGCAAUUUUGGUCUUGGGUCCCCUUUUACGUGGUAGAAGCAGAGAAGAAUGGAGAGUACAUUGA